UCUAUGAAUUUCACUGGCAAUAACAAGAGAUUUUAGUUAGUUGUGUUUAAAAAGUGUAGUCGAGGCGCUGUUAAGCGGAAAAACGAAACAAAAAAAAAGUACAAUUUUUUUAAUAAAAUAUUUGUUUUCUUAAUACUUAAUAACUUAAAAAGACUUGAAAAAUUUAGGUACAAUUUCUUUAUGAUAUGAAACGUUUGCAGAAAAGAACGUUGUAAAUAGAAAUUAUGCCAUUACAAUCGGUAAAGUAUGCACCCGGGAAACUGGAAAUUCUUGAUCAACUAUUGUUACCAGUGCAAUCCAAAUAUUUAGCUGUUAAAGGUGUUGAAGAUGGUUGGAAAGCUAUUAACAAGAUGCAGGUACGUGGGGCUCCAGCUAUCGCUAUAGUCGGUUGCUUGUCAUUGGCCGUUGAAAUAUUCCCAGACACAUACGAUUCGAAAAAGACAUUGCGUCAAGAAAUUGAAGGAAAACUAAACUAUUUAGUAUCAGCCCGUCCGACAGCGGUCAAUAUGAAAAUUGCCGCAGACGAACUGAUAGCAUUAGCCAAUGAUUUAACCAAAGAUGACAGUAUUAAUGUUGAGCAAAUGAAAGAAAGAUUUUUGGCUGCGACUGAAGCGAUGCUCCAAAAAGACAUAGACGACAAUAGGGCUAUUGGUGCUAAUGGAGCGUCUAUUAUAUUGAAAAAUCUGAAAAAAGAAGGACCCGUACGUAUAUUGACGCACUGCAAUACGGGGUCAUUAGCGACUGCCGGCUAUGGAACUGCUUUAGGUGUUGUUAGGAAAUUACAUGAAUUGAAAAAAUUAGAGCAUGUCUAUUGCACGGAGACGCGUCCCUACAAUCAAGGAGCACGCUUGACAGCCUACGAAUUGGUACACGAUCAACUUCCGGCCACAUUGGUGUUGGACAGCAUGGUGGCGGCAUUACUGCGUGCCAAAAACAUAGCCGCCGUCGUCGUGGGAGCAGAUAGAGUCGCCGCAAAUGGUGAUACGGCAAAUAAAAUUGGCACUUAUCAAAUAGCUGUUAUUGCCAGACAUCAUGACGUACCAUUCUUUGUGGCUGCUCCUUUAACUUCCAUAGAUUUGCAAAUACCCAGCGGUGAUCAUAUUAUCAUUGAAGAGCGGCCAGAUCGCGAAAUGACUCAUGUCGGUGAGCAUAGAAUAGCUGCACCGGGUAUUAACUGUUGGAAUCCUGCCUUUGAUGUGACCCCAGCCUCCCUAAUCAGCGGUAUUAUUACUGAGCGUGGUGUAUUCAGUCCUCAAAAACUGAAAUCGGAAAUUACCGCUUUCUUGGAAGCGUAAUUGCCUUCUUUUUUUUUUUUUUUUUUUUCUCUUAUAGAAUUUUUUUCAUUACAAUUAAGCUUAAAAUUUUUC